UUAACAGGCUCUUGGCCAAAAAUCCGAGCUUGCAGGCAUAUAUGCAUUGGCUGUGUAACAAUAUCCCCACGUGAUUGCAAUGAAAGCCUCUGCAGGGAGGGAGCAGGAGACAGAAACGUGUCAGAGAGCUCCUGGGCGUCUCUAGUCAAUUGCGCAGGGAGCGCGGCCGCUGCGAUGUGAAAUUGACCAAAGUGGUGCAAGACUCUCUCUCCGCCCGUCCCGUCCCCCCGGUUCUGCCCCUCAGCCCUUCUCCCCCCGUCCCCUUUGCCGUUGGAUGAGUUUCCAGUCACCGCCGGUCGCAGGGCAACAUCCCCCAACAUGCCCGAGCAGAUCAGCGUCUCGGAGUUCCUGGCGGUGACUUCGGAAGACCUGAACUCCCCGGCGGCUUCGACCUUCUCCUCCAAAAUGCAAAAGUGCCGGGGGGCCGUGGCGGUGCUGGAGGAGAGCCUGGACGGUGACCAAGCAAUUCUCCAGAGGAUAAGGAAAUAUGUGAAAGCCAUUCAUGUCUCCGGGCUCACACACGUCGAGAACGAGGAGCAGUACAGCGAAUCUCUGGAGAACUUCGGCAACAACCACCUGUCCCAGAACAACCACGAGCUUUCCACCGGCUUCCUGAACCUGGCCGUCUUCACCAGAGAAGUGACCGCGCUCUUCAAGAACCUGGUGCAGAAUCUGAACAACAUCGUUUCCUUCCCCCUGGAGAGCCUGCUGAAGGGGCAGCUGAAAGAUGGCCGGCUGGAUUACAAGAAGCAGAUUGAGAAGGCCUGGAAGGAUUAUGAGACCAAAGUAGCAAAGAUUGAAAAGGAGAAGGAGCGAGCCCGGAUAGCGGGAGUCAUCCAGGCGGAGCCGUCUCCGGGGGAAAUCGCCGAGGAGACGCAGAAGGAGCGCCGGAUAUUCCAGCUUCAGAUGUGCGAGUACCUGCUGAAAGCUAACGAGAGCCAGACGAAGCAAGGGCCGGACUUCCUGCAGAGCCUGAUAAAGUUUUUCCAUGCGCAACAUAAUUUCUUCCAAGAUGGCUGGAAGGCUGCUCAGAAUCUCUACCCUUUCAUCGAGAAACUCGCCGCAUCUUUACAUGCACUGCACCAGGCCCAGGAGGAGGAGGUGAAGGAGCUCACUCAGAUCCGUGACUCCCUCCGAGGCAUCCUGCAGCUGGAGAACAAAGAGGAAAACCUGCUCAGGAAGAACUCUGGCAGCGGCUACAGCAUCCACCAGCACCAAGGGAACAAGCAGUACGGGACGGAAAAGUCGGGCUUCCUGUGCAAGAAAAGCGACGGAAUCCGGAAAGUGUGGCAGAAGAGGAAGUGUGGCGUGAAGUAUGGCUGCCUCACCAUCUCGCACAGCACGAUCAACCGGCCUCCCGUGAAGCUGAACCUGCUGACCUGCCAAGUGAGACCUCACCCAGAGGAAAAGAAGUGCUUCGACCUUGUGACACAUAACAGGACAUACCACUUCCAGGCUGAGGAUGAACAGGAGUGUGUUGUCUGGGUGUCCGUGCUCCAGAACAGCAAGGAUGAAGCUCUCAGCAACGCCUUCAAGGGUGACCCGAGCGGCUGUGCGGCCUCCGCCGGGGGGGUAACGGACGCUGGCCUGCAGGAGCUCACCAAGCUGGUCCUCGGCGAGGUGAAGGCCAUGCCAGGCAACAGGCAGUGCUGUGACUGCGGGGCCCCAGAUCCCACGUGGCUCUCCACCAACCUGGGCAUCCUGACGUGUAUUGAGUGCUCAGGCAUUCACCGGGAGCUGGGGGUGCACUACUCCCGCAUACAGUCCCUGACCCUGGACGUUCUCAGCACCUCUGAACUGCUGCUGGCGGUCAGCAUUGGAAAUGCCCGGUUUAACGAAAUCAUGGAGGCCACGCUGCCGGCGCAGGGGAAUCUGAAGCCUUCGUCAAGCAGCGAUAUGAGCGCCAGGAAAGAAUAUAUCGUGGCCAAAUACAUGGAGCGCAAGUAUGUCCAGAAAGCCGGCAGGGAUGAGCCGCACCGGCUCUGGGAAGCCAUUCGCAACCGGGAUCUCUUUGCCUUGUUACAAGCCUUUGCGGAGGGGCACGAUUUAGCAAAACCCCUGGCUAGCCCUGACAGCCAGGACCAGGGUGAGUUGGCUCUGCACCUGGCUGUGCGUUAUGCAGACAAGUCCUCCCUCCCGCUGGUGGACUUCAUCAUUCAGAAUGGGGGGAACGUGGACAAGGCAACUCCGGACGGGAACACGGCUCUGCACUACAGUGCUCAGUACAACCAGCCCAACUGCCUCAAGCUGCUGCUGAAAGGGAAAGCAGCCAUGAACACAGUGAAUGCAGCAAGCGAGACGGCCCUGGACGUAGCAAGGAGGCACAAACACCUCGAGUGCGAAGAGCUGCUUGAGCAGGCACAGGCCGGGAAGCUAAACCUGCAGGUGCACUUGGAGUACAACUGGGAGGCCACUCAGGAAUAUGCCUACGACAGCGAGGACGAGCUGGAGGAGAAGCUGAGCCCGCUGCAGCGAUCCUUCAAGUCCACGUCAUCCCCAACCACGGGCCAGCCCGGCCUCUUCCCCCAGAACCGGUGGAGCUGCACCGGCAUGGACAUCAGCAACAAGACCUACGAGACCAUCCUGGUCCCCUCGCGGCCCAUUCAGCGGCGGUCACACAGCGAGGAGAUCCCCCCACCGCUGCCCAUCAAAAACCCGACCAGGGGCGGCUCCAGAACCAAGCCGGGGCAGAGCCCAGCAGAUCGCCCAGAGCUCCCGCGUCAGGCCUCCGAGCCCCAGUCUUCUGCAUCGUCAGAGGCAGCUGCCUGCCGACACCUGUCCACAUCCAGCGCUCCCGGCACCUUGGACGGCUGUGCUUCCCGGCCACCGUCCACCUCCCGAAGCCCCCCGGAAGCCAGACGCACGGUCUACUGGGAAACCCGCUCAGAGACAGAGAGUGGCAGCCAGUGGAGGACGUCGGAGACCAGUCAGACGACAGCCCAGCAGCCUGCCGCUGGGACGUCGCCGGAACAGGGGCAAAUAACCCCAGUCAAGUUCAGCUCAGAAAGCACCCGGUCUUACCGGCGGAUCAGCGGCGGCUCGGUGGGGAAAUCCUCCGGCUUGGCCAUCUCCCCGCAAAAUUCUGGCUGCCCCGAGGACCUGCCUUCCAGCAAGGCUCCGAGUCCAGUGCAGAACGCCCCCCCUGUACCCAUGCCCAGGAGGUUUGCUCCGGCCAAGGUGAGGCAGAAGAGGGUGAUGGCUCUGGUGGACUGCAAGGGGGAGAGGGCCCGGGAGCUGACCUUCUCCAAGGGCGAGGUGAUCGUGGUGACCCGGGAGGAGGAUGAGCAGAGCUGGGUCGGCUUCAUUGAAGGAGAUGGCUCCAGGACGGGCGUCUUCCCUGCCAGCUCCGUCCACCUCUUGCAAGAGUGAUUGGCUGGUUCUUCCUUUCCCCUCGGAGCCGGCGUGAGCUCUCGGCGAGCGUGUGGGGGGCAGGGCUGCGCGCUCACUGCCCCCCCCCCACCAAGGUGGCAGGACUUUGUGCGCCAGCAACUCCACAAGGGCAUCGCAGGAGCAGAGGCCUGUUUCUUGCUUCCUUUCCCACCCUCCAGUCUGAACCUUGAGGGUAAUGGACGCUAGGGCACGUACUGUGUUGAGGGUUUGGAGCAGGGGCUCGGGUGGAAUCAACAUCCUCCUCUCCCAUCCUCCCACCGUGUGCUGGCCCAUUUAGCCUCUUUACCCAAACUAGUUCCUUUUCCUGGCUGGAGAGGCGGCCAAGCAUCCCACCCACCCGGACCAGUGUCUGUCUCUACACCCCCCUGUCAGGCCAGCUCAGCCCAGUCUUGCAGCUCGCCGGAUGAGCCGGACAACGGGAUCCGUCACGGUCUUCGCUGCCUCAGUCAGGGGGAAGCUGAUCAACGGGGAAGGCUUCAGGAUCUGGUGGACCUUGCAACCUCCUCCUGCAGAGAUGGGGACGGGGAGGGGCAGAGGAGCCGAGAGGGACCACGGCUCGCUCGGAAACGGCCAGAGAACGGACAGCCGUGCGCCUGCUCUCCGCUCCGCACGCCUCAGCUUCAGCCAUUUUGUCUGCUCCGGGAGUUCCAGCACUCCAAUGCUGGGCAAGGGGCGGGUCGAGGCGCCACUGGGCUCAAAUGUCUGUAUCGAAGGAAAGAAAGGGGGAGGCAGAUCCUCCCCCCCCCAACUUUUUGUGGUGUCCUUCCCACCCCCGUGAGUCAGGCCAGGGGAAGGCCGCCAGCCCCUCGUGGGUGACUAGGAACAGUCUCCACGCGGCCAUGCAGGGCGCGCUGCUCUCCCUGUUAUUUCCUAGGGAUACAGCACGUGGUGGCGCAUGGAACGGCAGGACACGGCCCAUCAAGUCCUGAUGUCCUGCCAACGCCGGGCAUCUCUCCUGGCCUCCGCCUCCCCCCACAGUGCCCCCAGCCAAUGAGCAAUGCUGCGCAAGGGGGAAAGGGGGGGUUACCUUACACCUCGGAGACGUACAGGAGCCUUUCUCUGCCUAGUCCUGGCAUAACUGGCCCCGGCCGAUAAGGGGAGGAUAAAACGCAAGUCUCCUAGCGCUGCAUGUGUUAUCCUAGAAAUCCAGACUGUUCCCUCCCGCACCAGGGGGGUGCACUAGUACAGGGGGGUUCACUACAGUGGAUCCUCCAGUGGUGUUUCCAUUGAUUCAAGUGCUGCUCUGUCCCUUGGGCUGCUCUUUGAUGUCAGCGAGUUGUCUCCAGACACCGCCUGAAUUCCCCCUUUUGUGCCACUUCAACCCAUUCUCCCCUGCCUCCUCGUUCGGAAACGACCCCUCUCCGCCCCUAGUGUUGGCACAGGGCUGGUUGAAUACCCCCGGUGUGCCUCAGUGUGUUCACUGUCCCUGCCCUUUUAAUAACAUCUAACGCUUUUCAUCAGUCAGCCUCAAAGCACUGUACAGAGGAGGUGAGUUUUACAGAUGGGGAAACUGAGGCACACAGCGGGGUAGUGAUUUACCCAAGGUCACCCAGCAGUGAAUUCUGUUCAUGUGUCUCCCAGACUGCUCCGAACCCUCAGGUUCCUCUUAUUUAAAAGUAAUUGAGACAGUUGCUUUUUGGCCUGUCAUUCUGAAUCUCUGUUUUUCCCCAUCUGCAUAAUUUGCAGGUACCAUUUUACGGCCACCCUAGCUCAGCACACAACUAGCAUGAUACCUCCCCAUAAUACUAUUGACUUCAAUAGGGCUGCUGCUUGCAUGCCUGAAGUGAUUUUUUUAAUAGCGUUUAAGCCUGGAAAGGAAUCAUAGACUAUCAGGGUUGGCAGGGACCUCAGGAGGUAUCUAGUCCAACCCCCUGCUCAAAGCCCAAUCCCCAACGAAAUCAUCCCAGCCCUCGAUGGCCCUCUUUUUUAAAAAGGGGUUAGAAACGGUUCCCUUUUGCAAAUCAAGUGAAGGGGCUCGGUAGUGCAGAGGGCUCAUUCUGGGUCAGACCUGACCCACAGAUCAAUUUACACCAAGGGUUAAAUCCCUGCAGCCCAAAGGUUUACACACACACCCCUAAAACCCCCUGUGACUUGACUGUCACCUCCCUUCAGUUUUUGUCUGUUUCCCGCUUUCAGAGAUCCUGUGCAUUUUGUCACCCUCCUGCUUCACAGAGACCCUCCUCCUCUUGGGAGGCUGCUCUGUUCCUUUGGCCCCGAUCCGGCUUUCCCUCCCCUUUCCCUUACAGGAAAAUACUUGAAGGAAAUAAAAGGAGCCAGAUGGAUGCCUCGUCCCUGACCCUAAUAGGAGUCCUCCAGUCCCCGGAUCUCUCCUUGGUCCCCUCGCCUUUGUCUAUAGCAGGGUAGGAAGAGGCAAUCUCUAGGCAGGAAUCCUGCAGCAGGAGAUCGUGGUGGUCUGAUGGGCACGGAGAAGAAAAAGGUAGUUUGUCAAGUGGCUUUCCCCACCUUCUUCCUAACCCUGAAACUGUGAAAUAUUUUUUUUUAUAAAUAGGAAAGAGGUCUCUAUUGGCCCGCCUGUGUAGUGCCGGGCUCGAAGUGGAGGUAGGCCAGCUAGAUUCGAGUCCAGAUUUCAAUCCCCCAUAACGCCGGGCAGACUUCACAUCUGGUUUGGCCUGACCUAGAGAGAGGCCAUUGAGUGCAAUGACUAGAAAGAAGGCUCUUGAUUGAGGUGGCUGGACAAGAGACGCCCCCGCUGUGGUUCUCCCGGGGUGCCUAAUCAGUUAGGUGCCGGUUCAGAUCUGAUGAGGACCCCACUGCCAAAAGUUAUGGCGGGGAAGGGAGACGAGUGUAAUUUUGGGGCUCAGGCGUAGGCCGUUUGAAUGUACGGAUUUUUGGUUUGUUUUUUUUGCCUCUGGCUCCUUUCCUGUGGGUCUAAUGGUUAUGCAGAGACUCAUUCUAGCCUCUGUCAGGAAAACGUUUUAAAGGGGGUGGGGUGCUUGUUUGGCUUCUGCAAUGGUUUACUGGGACCAAUGCUUCUGACCCGUAUGAGCUUCCUUCGUGAUUUGUUGUCCCCUGUGAUCAGGUUGCGUUUUAUAAUUGUCAAUGGGUUUUAAGUGGAAUAUUUAAUCUCAAGAUGGUCUCUGUUUUUUUUAUUCCCCCCCCCACCCUUCCAAUUUCUAAUAAAAUUGA